AUGAACAAACAUGUGAUUCAUUUAAGAUUAAUGAAGGCUAAUAAAACCUCAUGGAAAAUUUUCCUAUUAUCAAAUAAAGAUGCCUCAUCCGCUGUGACGUUCUCACGAGAAUUGGCGACAUUCUGUUUCGAUUGCUAUGAUAUGAUUCACGACAUUAAAUUUUUCAACAUUUAUUUAUUUGGCAACCACGUGGUUAAGUAG